ACGGUGGCUUCACUCUCUUCAGCCCCCAAUAAACCCCAGACGCAGUUUUUGCUCCUCUCUCUCUACAUAGUAGAGUUGAUACUGAAAGAAUCGAAAAAUGGUUCUAUCGAACAAAAAGUUAAAGCAGAAGCUGAGAGAUGUGAUGGUCGACUCGUUAGCAGCAUCAGAGGCUCAAACCCAUCGCACCAACGUUGUCUCAACGGACACAGACGAUCCCAAAUCACAGACUCCGAAUUCGCUCAAAUCUCUCCUGGAUUCAGCAACCCAGAAACCCAGAUUGUCCAAGAGAGAGAAACGAAGAAAACCCCUCCCUUUACAGGGUACAGAGGUUGUGGGUGUGAGUGAGAGCGGUGAUACGGAGGAGAAAGGGAAUGAGAAAAGUGGUUCGUAUGGUGCGAGUAAAAGGAAGAAGAGGAAGAGAGAAGAGGCUACAGAGGUUGUGGGUGUGAGUGAGAGUGGUGAUACGGAGGAGAAAGAGAAUGAGAAAAGUGGUUUGGAUAGUAUGAGUAAAAGGAAGAAGAGGAGCAGAAAGGAGGGUUUGGAGAGUGGAUUAGCGGCCAAAUCUGAACAGAGUGUAGCUGCAGCGAAAAAGGCAAUGAAAUCGAAGAAGAGGAAGAAACAGAAGAAAAAGAAGAGAAAGGAGAAGAAGCUUGCAAAGGAGGAGGCGAAGAAGGUUGCAAUGGAGGAGGCCAAGAAGGGUGAUGAGGGUGCAAGUGGAGGGAUUGAAGAACAAGGUGGGGAUGAGAGAAUUCAGAACAACCACAGUCAAGAAAAUGAGGAUGCUGUUACAAAAGUUUAUGUUGGAGGUAUUCCAUACUACUCAACUGAGGAUGAUAUUCGGAGCUUCUUUGAUGGUUGUGGCACCAUUACUGAAGUUGAUUGUAUGAGGUUUCCCGAUAGUGGGAAGUUCAGAGGGAUUGCCAUAAUCAAUUUCAAGACAGAAGCUGCAGCUAAGAGAGCUUUGGCCCUUGAUGGAGCUGACAUGGGUGGACUUUUCCUUAAAAUCCAGCCUUAUGAGUCAACUAGAAUUAAGUCAACUAGAGUUAGCAAAGUAUCUGAUUUUGCCCCUGCAAUUGUGGAGGGUUACAAUAGGAUCUACAUUGGUAAUUUAUCAUGGGAUAUUACUGAGGAUGAACUGAGGAAAUUCUUCUCAGGUUGCAGUAUAUCUUCCAUUAAAUUUGGUGAAGACAAGGAAACAGGGGAAUUCCGGGGUUACGCCCACGUGGACUUUGCUGAUAGUCUCUCUCUAAAUAUGGCAUUAAAAUUGGAUCAAAAGAUUGUCUUUGGGAGACCUGUGAGAAUAAGUUGUGCAGUUCCGAGGAAAGUACCAGAAAGCAAUUCAAAAUCUGCGCCAACAAGUAAUGUAGCUGAUAGUGGUGAGGCUAGCACUCUUACUGGGAAGAUAAGAAGGCGGACAUGCUAUGAGUGUGGUGAAAAGGGCCAUCUUUCAUCAUCUUGCCCAAAGAAGCAAACCACUGAUCUAACGUAUUCCAGCUAAUGAAGUAGGAAAUUUGUUAUUUCAUUUGUUGUUCUAAUAUAUCAGAGUUGAAUACUUGAAAUUUUUCUUUAUCAUUGUUUCAGGAGCCUCGGGAUUGUUACCUGUCAUUUGAACAGAUGCAAUGCCAUAUAUGGUAGCUUUUACACCUUCAAAUUACCCCAGUUAAUGCAACAACUUUUUUUUUUUUUCCUCA